AUGGAAGCCGAAAUACCAUCCCUUUUGCCGGCGCACAUUAUGCAAGAACAAUUGGGUUUAAUUGACCUACUGGUGGCAAUGUUCCCACCUACAUCAUCAAGGGAGAUAGAAAUCAUCUCUGAAUCUGCAAGACAGUGCAUUGACACACUUCGAGAUUGGUGUUUGGACCCAACCUCUACACCGAUUAUCCCUUCCAUGUUACCCCUCGUUGUCACUCUACCGAUUGCUGGUGGCGACAAGACGAUCCAAGUGACCAUUCUGGUGCCGCUAAAAUGCGAGGAUCCCGCGACAAUUGACCAGCCUCCGUCACUGCGUUAUACUGUCCGUCAACCAGACUGGAUGACCAAAGCUGAAGUUGCGGAACUCGCUGCUUCAGUCCCACAAGUUGAUGCUUUCGAGGCGUUUGAAUACAUCCAAGAGGGAGCCAGUCAACUUCUAGAAAACAAGCAGUGCCAGGCCAUGUAUUCUCAGGGUCCGAGAUUGCAAAAUUCAAAGAGCACGAUUGUGAGGGUAUGGUUCUAUUUUCCAUCUCUGUCAACUCGGAAAAAGAGAGAUGACAUGGUUAAUCUUGCACCUGGAUAUUCUUUGACAGGCUUCGUAUUGGCGGGCAAGCCAGGAGUAUUAUGUCUCGAGGGCGCCUCAAUAGAUGUCGACGCUUACAUGAGCUUCAUCAAGACGCAUUCCUGGGGCGAUAUUCCGAGCCACCAGAAAAAAGUCAGCGAGAGGUUUAGACAAACAGAGAACGUUGAGAGAGUAUUUUCUGGAAUGGAAGAAAUAACAGACUCCCUGGGGGAGCGAGGAGGCCAGCGGGCAAAUCGUGGUGACAUGCAGGCACUUGAAGUGUGGCUAGAAGCAAAGGGUCUCCAAGAAGCAUUCAAAAUGGUGAUAUUUUGA